CACGUCACGUUAUGGACUGCAUUCAAAUCAAAAUCUAAGAUAUGUAAACUUUAUCGGUCUGUUCGCCUGUGAGGGACUCUGUUAUGUGCUAAGUGAGCCAUCACUAUAGUUCUGCUCCGAACUGUGUCUGCCUAGACUCGAAGGGAAGCUUGUUUGAAUACAGGAUUCGCGCGAGCUCUCCAAGGACAUUGGAAACAUGGCUCAAAGACAGUCCUUUCGGCAUAGACAUGUCUCCAAAUUUAAGCAUGUUUUUGGGAACCCAGCGAAAAAAGAAGGCUGUUACGAGGGUAUUAAUAUCAGUCAAAUAGCUUGGGAGAGUAAUUUCUGCGCUGUAAAUCCCAAAUUUCUUGCCGUUGCCUUGGAAAGUUCGUGUGGUGGACCGUUUCUGGUGCUCCCCCUUUCGCAGACUGGGAAGAUUGACCCUUUCAACCAACCUAAGGUUAAUGGUCACACAAGACCUGUACUUGACUUGGGUUGGAAUCCCUUUGACGACAAUGUGAUUGCAUCAGCUUCAGAAGACUGCUCUAUUAAGAUCUGGUAUAUUCCAGACUGUGGCCUGUGUGAGGACCUUAAUCGGGAGGACUUCAUUGGACAUCUUCAGGGUCACGAUAGGAAAGUUGGUAUUAUCCGCUGGCAUCCAUGUGCAAGUAACAUCAUUGCAAGUGCUGGUUUCGAUGACGUUAUCAUCAUUUGGGAUGUUGAAAGGGAAGCAGCAGUUCUGAUUUUAAAGGGGCAUCCAGAUACUAUAUUUUCUUUGUCCUUUAACUGGAAUGGCAGCUUGAUUGCCACGACAUGCAAGGAUAAGAAAAUUCGUGUGAUCGACCCAAGGGAGGGGAGACUGAUUGCCAGUGGGGAGGGCCAUAAAGGCCCUAAAUGCUCACAAGUCGUAUUUCUUGGAAACACAAGCCGGUUAUUCUCAACUGGCUUUUCGCGGACGCAAGAGAGAGAAGUGGCUGUUUGGGAUCUGGGAAAUGCCUUGAAACGGCCACUGAAUAUUGAGCAAUUGGACUCCUCAUCUGGAAAUAUCAUGCUAUACUAUGACCAUGACACACACAUGGUGUACCUGGCAGGCAAGGGUGAUGGCAACAUUCGCUAUUACGAAGUCCUAGAAGAAGAGCCCUAUUUCAUGUUCCUCAAUGAGUUCCGUAGCGCAUCACCUCAACGUGGGCUUGGUGUUAUGCCCAAGAGGGGUCUAGAGGUUCACAAAUGUGAGAUAAUGCGAUUUUAUAAGCUCCAGAAUAACGGAGUUGUGGAGCCAAUUGCUAUGACAGUUCCAAGACGGCAUUCUGGCACCUAUCAGUUUGACCUUUUCCCAAAGACGCCCUCAAACAAGCCAGCCAUGUCUGCAGAACAGUGGAUCAUGGGCAGUAACAAGGCACCGCUGAUGGACGAGUUGCUACCUGGUCUGACGGUGGAUGGUAUGAGUCGUGAGGCUUACGAAUCCAGCAAACGGGAAGAUGAGACAAAACAGAAGGAGAAUAAAACAGGAUCCAAGUUUACCAGGAGUCAAGACUCCAUAGGGGCCUAUCAUAAUGAGAGUGAGCACUCUAUGGUGAAUGGCACCAAGGCUAAGGCCAAGCAUGACUACAAGAACUGGGACUUGGAAACGUUGCGCAUCGCGUUUGCUGACCUGCAGGAGGAGGUCUUUGCCCUCAAGACUCAGCUCAAAGCAAAGGAUGCAAGGAUCUUGCAGUUAGAAAAAGAACACAAAUACUACAGUGAAAAGUUUGGAUUUUAAGGAAAGGCAUUUGAAUUAUCAUCAACAUCUGAAAUGUUUUGCUAUUUUGAAAGAAUUGUUAGAACUACAGCAAAGAAGUUAAGUAAUACUGUGUUAGUGGCAUUGUGCUGAGAAAAAUUAUGAUUAAAAGGUAUCUAGCAGUGAUAGACAAUUGAGAAAGAAAACUGGAUUUUUUGAUAUUGUAAAAACAUCUUAAGGCUGAGAGGAUAUUUAACCAUACUACACUCAGGUAAACCACCAGGUGAACCACCAAUUCCAAACUUUUACAUCCUCCUUUUGCAGUUACCCUUUAUUUUCCUGAUAACUUUUAAAAAUCCUGCUUUUUGAAUCAAAGUAAUAUUAUACAGGUUUGAAGAAUUAGGGAAAAGGUACUGUAUUGGAAAUUAUGUUUUGUGAUUUUACACUUAGCAUAGAUGAUGUAAGUAAGUUUACUAAGACGUGUUGGCCGUGGGGUUGGAGUUCUUACUCUGAGUUGCUUCAUAAAGCAAUAAAGGAAAUCAAUGGGGUAUGCUUAGACUCCUUGGGACCCUGAAACCUAUUCAAACUACCCCCACAAAAGGACCUCAGCUGUGUGCUGUGCUUCAUUGUGAGUACUAUGGGGUUGUUUUUUUUUUUGAUAGUGCAGAAACCACUACUUCUUCGAAUUGUUGAUUAAUUCUUAGAUUAAUGCAUUGGUCAUGAACUUAGAAUUGUUUAUUUGACAUAUAGCUACUUAAAAUUGUAUAUUAAUCAUAAGAAAAAAAGGUAACUAGUAAGUUAUUGAGUAUCUCAGGUUAUGUUUUCAAUCAAUCGGGCAGAUGCCUUAGUGGAGAUGAUAUCUAUAUAUUUCUACCCAAGGGUCCUAGAGUGUUGUGGUCUGAUUCUUCUUUUCUGUGGCACUCUGGUUUUCUUAGCUAUGGUGUCAAUAGCUUGUAACAUGGAUGGACAAGGCAGAGGUGAUAGUAUGGUGCCAAUACAAAACAAAUGUUUCUUGCACCAUUGUAUCGCAAGCAAAUUUAAAAGCAUAUCCGCAUGACAUUCAUUAUAUCAUGCCAGCCCUUCUUGUUACAGCCUAGAGUGCCUCAGAGUUUGUAUAUAACAUUUUACUAUUUUAGUUUUAUAGCGGCCUUGCAUGAAUUUAUUUUUUAUUGCAUUCACAAUGUCUCCAGAGCCAUCACCUCAGGACUCAGGGUUCAAAACAAUUUUUUAAAUCUGCUAGAUUUUGCCAACUUUCUGGAUUUUGGUGGGGGGAAAAAAGCCUGCAUACUCAAAUUAUGAGAAGGGAAAUACAGAAAAAAAGAGCCGGCAAAGACUAGAAAUUUAUUUGCCCACAGCUGGCCACUAUUUGGAACCCUGGGACUUAGUAAGUACUACUUUUAUGAUAUACAAACAAUUGUUAGAAACUAAAGCUAUGGAACAUAGCAUUUCUGAUUUAUUUUGUCUAAAAUAGCCUUAAUAACGGCUUAUCACAUCACUUAUAAACAUGUAUCAUAGUGUAUUUUGUGUUGUAUUACCUAGUUUACAUGUUCUAAGGAAAAUGGUAGAUAGAAAUAGACUGUCACAGGAAGGAAGGAUUUUGUUAUAACAAAUCUUACCCCUUGUGCUGAUGAAGGAGAGAUACAGGGGUGCAGUCGGCUUGUCCUGGUUUGCCUUGGAAUAAUACCAAAGAAGCGAAAAUAGGUAAUAAUUAUAUCACCCUAUCCAAAGCAUGACCACAACAAGCCUGAUAUAUUUUACAUCUUUUAUGUUGUAUCUUUCCAAGUCGACCUGAUAGGGAUGCUCCUCAUAAUUUUUAGUGGUCAAAAUCGGGUCAAAAAAGGGGGUAUCUGAAAAGUAAUAUGCUUUUCUCUUAGAAUUGGUAUUUUUAGGGCUUCUGGGGUAUUUUUUUGGGUAGCAAUUUUUGGUGUGCAGGUAUUUUUAGGGGGAAUUUUUCGAAUUUCCCGGCGAGCAUCCCUAUCACUUUUACCCUGAAGAACCCCCGUUCCCGAUGAGCAUCUCUAUCACUUUUACCCUGAAAUUAAAGAUUUACAUUUUUGGGGCAGCAUUCUAUUGUUUGAUUUUAUUAAAAAAAUUUUCUUACUUUUUUUAAAUAUGCAAUUAAAAAUUGAUAAUCACAAUAGUAGUAUUUUCUAACAAUCAGCACAAGGGAAGGCUUAGACUAAUUCCUGUUAUGAACUUGCCCUGUGGAAUGCUCAUGUAAUAAUGAGUUAUAGAAUAGAUUUAGAUGACAGAUAUAGACAUCCCAUUAUUAAUGCACUUGAUAAUAGACAUAGACAGCCUUCUACAGGGGUGUAGCCAAGAUUUUUCCUUGGUGUUGGGGGUGGGGGGGGGGACAAAGUGAUUUCUCAAUUUUCUUGUUUUCAACUGAGAGGUAGGGACUAAGACACUAUAGCUUUAUUGCACAAUGAGGGGGAUGGGCUUCCUGGCCCUACCCCCUGGCUACGCCCCUGCUCUAUCAAUGCACAUUGCCACUGGAUGACCUCUGGUAUCCAGGGUGAUGAGUCAAUACCUAUUUCCAUAUUGUCAGCUGUGCAAGGAUUGGAUAUGUUAUUGUUAACACUGCCACUUGGCUACUCUUUAAACCUUUUAAAAAUAUUUUUGUUUGUCAUGUGAAUUUGUUGUGAUAAUGAUUAAUUGAUUAAUUGCAAACUUUCUUAAACCAGUAAAGAACUGCAACAGUAUUUCCAGAUCUCUCACAACUGACAUUACUGGAAGAUAAGAGCUCACAUCCCUAUAACAUCUCCCUCCAUGUUAGAAAGAUUUUUCAAAAAUAAAGUUUACAAAGGAUA